CGAUGGUGUGACGUCAUCAUCACGCGGCCAGCCACUUGAGCAGUUCCUCGUGAGCAGGGGACCGAUUUCUCUCUACAAUAAGGCUUGAAAUUGUCAUGGCAACAGAGGGGGUGGAAAAGACAAGCGAAGAUGCCCCAGCAGCUGGGAAAGCCAGUACCAGGUAUGACCUGGAGAAGGAGACUGAACUUCGCUUUGAGGUGGAGUCGGGGGAAGCAGCCGAACAAGUUGAGCUGGAGCUCCUCACAGGAAUGGGCGAGGUGUUUGGCUCCGAGCUAAAUAGAAACAAAAAGUACACAUUUGGACCAGGCUCCAAGAUUGCAGUUUUCACCUGGCAAGGCUGCAGUGUGAAUCUUUAUGGGAAGCCAGAGGUGGCUUACGUCUCCAAGGAUACGCCCAUGCUGCUCUAUCUGAACACACAUGCAGCCCUUGAACAGAUGAGAAAACAAGCAGAGCGUGACAAUGAGAGGGGACCAAGGGUGAUGGUGGUGGGACCUACAGACGUUGGGAAGUCAACAGUGUGCCGGCUGCUUCUCAGCUAUGCUGUGAGGGUUGGCAGGAGGCCAACGUUUGUGGAACUCGAUGUUGGACAGAGUGGGGUGUCUGUACCUGGCACAGUGUCAGCGCUGUGCAUUGAGCGCCCAGCAGACGUGGAGGAGGGUUUCUCAGUCCAGGCUCCUUUGGUCUACCACUUUGGCUCUACUACUCCAGGGACCAACAUCAAACUUUAUAACAAGCUGACAUCAUGCCUGGCCGAAGUGUUUUCCCAGCGCUGUGAAGUGAACAGGAAGGCCAGCGUAGGAGGUUGUAUCAUCAACACCUGUGGCUGGGUGAAGGGCUCUGGAUACCAGGCUCUCGUCCACUGUGCCUCAACCUUUCAGGUUGAUGUGGUUCUGGUGUUGGACCAUGAGAGGCUCUACAAUGAACUCAAAAGAGACCUCCCUCACUUUGUGCGCGUUGUGCUCCUACCAAAGUCCGGGGGAGUGGUGGAACGCUCCAAGGAGUGUCGGCGGGAUGCUCGGGAUGAGAAGAUCCGUGAGUAUUUCUACGGCUUUCGUGGAGUCACCUACUACCCUUUUUCUUUUGAAGUGCGUUUCUCAGACGUUCGCAUCUACAAAAUUGGGGCCCCAUCCAUCCCGGACUCGUGUCUGCCACUGGGAAUGUCUCAGGAUGACACACAGCUAAAACUGGUGCCUGUGACUCCAGGUAGAGACCUCACGUACCAUGUCCUAAGUGUGAGCAGCGCUGAGGAUGGAGACGAAGGUGCUAGAAAGGGUAUAGUGGAGAGCCCUGUGUGUGGCUUUAUUGUGGUGACUCAUGUAGAUACUCAGGCACAGGUGAUGAAAGUGCUCUCCCCAGCACCUAGACCCCUGCCCAGACAUACUCUGCUCAUCAUGGACAUCCGCUUCAUGGAUAUGAAAUGAAGCAAGACCUCAGAGAAGAAGACUUGGCAAGUGGGGAUCGUGUCAAGGGGAGAAGUCCUGUUGGGUUUCCUUUUUAUUAUAAGGUUAUCUUGUUUGUACAUUACAGAAAAAAAUAGAUUCAAGUAUUGAAAUUAGGAAUUGAUAUGGUUGAUAUUAAUCUUGUUUUCAGUUGAGAUCCAGUUUCAUACAUUUUAUGAUUGAAUUUCUGCUUCUUCAAAGACAGGAUGAUGAGGGGCUAAAAGACUAAAACAGUCAUCUAUAAGCUGGGAAUUUAACAAUUGCUGUAUCCCUAACAGAAAUGGAAAGAAGCUGUAAAUAAUAGAGCAGAUUGCAUAGAUGGCUGUGGAAAAUUAUGUAUUAUAAAAGCAGGAAUAUUUUUUUUCAGAAUCUGUUUUAUAAACAUUUUU